AUGAGUGAUUCUUGCUACCUGGUAUUGUUCUGGCGGUUGCCGUACUGUAUACAAAACAUAAUGAGUGAUUCUUGCUACCUGGUAUUGUUUAUGUGGUUGCCGUACAGUAUACAAAACAUAACGAGUGAUUCUUGCUAUCUGGAAUUGUUUUGGCGGUUGCCGUACAGUAUACAAAACAUAACGGGUGAUUAUUGCUUCCUGGUAUUGUUUAUGUGGUUGCCGUACAGUACAUACGAAAUAAUGAGUGAUUCUUGCUACCUGGUAGUGUUUAUGUGGUUGCCGUACAGUAUACAAAACAUAAUGAGUGAUUCUUGCUACCUGGUAUUGUUUUGGCGGUUGCUGUACAAAUUUUUAAGUGGCAAAACACCAAUUAGUAAAGUAGAUGAAAUGCACUGGCUGACGGUAUUGGUGGUAGCUCUGUUAUUGACCGUGUAUCAGUUUAUUGCAGCGGCGGUAUUUCAAGCACUGGAGUCGGGAAAUGGACAGGAGACCACACCGAAAACAAUGCCGAACAUCAACCUUAGCGAAUUUCUGGUUAACAACAGUGUAACGGAUGAGAAGAAGUUAAAAGCACUGAUUCUCUCAGUUGCAGAAACGUAUGGACAAGGCCUACUGGAGGUUAACGAGACACAGUCCAAGGAUAAAUGGAGCUAUAUGCGUGCACUGUGUUUUUCUGUAACCGUUGUUACCACUGUUGUUUUUGAUCCAAGUGUUGAGGAUAUGGCAGAGUACAAGAAAAUCCACCAAGAAUACAAACAAGUUGUUGAAGCUUUGUUAGAUGCAUUCACUAAAGACACAAAGCUGACACACGAUGAGGUCAUACAAGCACUCAAUGAUAUGAAUUCCAAGAAGGAUAUUAGGGAAGUUUUCCAUGGUUUGUUUGAGUUAGUGUUAGCAAUGGAUGAUUACCAAGUGUUUGUACGAAUGAUGACAACAAAGAACAUUGAAUUGCAACAGCAAGCACUGAUGCUGAUAAUGAAAACAACAGGUGCUCUCCCCGACAGUCUGUCAGACUCUCAGUCUCAGUCUCAGUCCCCACCCCCUGCACCUCGUGAGAGUGAAGAUGAAAUAAUGAAGCGAGUACUUGAGCAGUCAAAGAGAGAGUAUGAGGAGGAACAGAAGAAACUUCAGAGACGUGACACGAAGGACAAACUUGAAAUACAGAAAACCAUUGAACUGUCCAAACACCAGGCAGUGCAGCUAGAGUCACAGAGACAAACUGAACAGGAAAAAAUGAACACGGUCAUGCAGAAUUUAGUGUUAGAAGAUGACAAGAAAAUGCCGCCACUGAUAGCUGUUCCAGCACAGGCAAAACCUAAAGAAAAGCCUGUGGUUGGGACCCCAGGUAUCAGUGUUAGCAUGUACACAGAACAGGGAUCAGGUGUUAGUGCCAGCACUGGUCAGGCAAGUGCAGGAAAGACAGCUGCUGGUGGUGGGACCAGCAAGGCUGCGCCGGGCUCUAGUCAGCCUAGUGUGGACCAGACGUUGAUAGGACCAGGACUCCUACCCAUGACCAGAGUUCCUCAGAUCAGCGGUAGUCAGGCAGCGGCUAAUUGGCUCAAGUCAGCACAGGAUGAAACCUCCACCAACCAGGGACAGUCAGACGCUGUACAAAAAGCAGCUGCCGCCAUGGCAGGACUUAGCGCCGAGGAGAUAAAGAAACGCCAGCAAUAUCUCAUAGCUCAGAGAGAUAAGCUCAUUGCCAUGAAGAAAAAGGAACGAGAAAAGCAACUGCUGUCUGCCGAGCAGAGUAACCCAGGGCGACCAAUGUCUGCACGUGCUGCACGGCAGAUGUUGGAUGAAGAUAAAAGUAAAGAAGCAGAGCAAAAGAAAACUGUAUCUGACGAAGAACAGAAAAAGAUUGAAAUGAGGCGACAGAUUGCAAACAAGUUAAAGGCCGAACUCAUGGGAGAUAAAUGAGAUAGGAAAUGAGGAUAUAGAUUUGGAUAUACAUCAACACAUAGUUCUGUGCAAAUUUUGAUCAUCAUUCCAUCAUCAAGCUGGUUUAUCCGUAAGCUUGAUAUCAAAAUAGUCAUUAGUCAGUUAAAGUCAGUCAUUAAAAUAGAUUAGUUGAAAGUGUUACUUUUCUCACACAGUUUUUUUAAUGCAAAAUAAGAUGAGCUUGUAAUCAUUUCUGUAAAGUUGUACUUCAUUUUAACUGCUAUUCGAUAUUGUAACAAAUUGCCAAUGUAGCAAAACUUAUAAUAAUGCACAGUCAGCAUGUAUUUUUUGUAUGUAAAAGUAAAAAAAAAAAAGCGAAACUUCCUUGCUUUACAAUUCAUCAAGUCUCUGCUAAUUGAAAUUUUAAUCAUUACAACUUAUUUGGAAAAAAAUUUGCAAAUGAUUUAAGUGCAACUCUAAUUUGAAUUAUUCCUAUGCAGGCUAAGUGCAGAUGAAUAAAUGAAUGCUUGUUAAUCCCCCGCCGUGGCGGAGGGAUUAUAGGAAUGGUCUGCGUCCGUCCUUCCGUCCGUCCUUCUGUCAGUAACAAAUUCGUGUCCGGUCCAUAUCUCCUAAACCCCUUGAAGGAUUUUCAUGAAACUUGGGUCAAAUGAUCACCUCAUCAAGACGAUGUGCAGAACCCAUGAGUCAGCCUUGUCGGUUCAAGGUCAAGGUCACAACUCAAGGUCAAAGGUUUGAGCCUGCCAUUUUGUGUCCGCUCUAUAUCUCCUAAACCCCUUGAAGGAAUUUUAUAAAACUUGGGUCAAAUGAUCACCUCAUCAAGAUGAUGUGCAGAACCCAUGAAUCAGUCAUGCCGGCUCAAGGUCAAGGUCACAACUUAGGGUCAAAGGUUUGAACCUUCCAUUUUGUGUCCGCUGUAUAUCUCCUAAACCCCUUGAAGGAUUUUCAUCAAGCUUGGGUCUAACGAUCACCUCAUCAAGGCGAUGUGCAGAACUUAUUAGUCAGCCAUGUCAGCUCAAGGUCAAGGUCACAACUGAAGGUCAAAGGUUUGAGCCUUCCAUUUUGUGUCCACUCUAUAUCUCCUAAACCCCUUGAAGGAAUUUUAUAAAACCUGGGUCAAAUGAUUACCUCAUCAAGACGAUGUGCAGAAAUUAUGAGUCAACCAUGCCAGCUCAAGGGCAAGGUCACAAAUAAGGGUCGAAGGUUUGAGCCUUCCAUUUGGUGUCCACUCUGUAUCUCCUUAACCCCUUGAAGGAUUUUCAUCAAACUUUGGUCAAAUGAUCACCUCAUCAAGAACUCAUGAGUCAGCCAUGUCAACUUAAGGUCAAGGUCACAACUGAGGGUCAAAGGUUUCAGCUCUGUAUCUCCUAAACCCCUUGAAGGAUUUUCAUGAAACUUUGGUCAAAUGAUCACCUCAUCAAGACGUUGUGCAGAAUUCAUGAGUCAGCCGUGUCAGUUCAAGGUCAAGGUCACAGCUAAAAUCAAAGGUUUUACCCUUUCACUAUCCAUAGCAGUGGCGGGGGAUUUAGCUGUCUUUCAGACUGCCUUGUUUUAUCAUAAGCAGUUGAAGUUGGCCUUUAUUUCCAAUUUGUUUUAUAUGUGAUUCAUAUAAUUAGGCCCUCUGUGACAUUGACCCUAGUGCAAUUUCAUUUUAAGAUAUUGUAGAAUCAUAAUUUAAGGUCUGAAGUGUUACAUGAUUUGAGCAAAAUGGAUUAAUUAAAUGACAUAAAUUCACGGAUUUAAAAUGGGAAAGUAAAAAUAUUUUUUUAAGGGAUUUAUAUUCAUUGAUUGACAAACCAAAUAAUAUACAAAAUAUGCCCCAAAUGAUUUCACAAUGUACAAAAGCUUGUUUUCUGUUACUUUGGGACAGAUAAUUCAUUGUUAUUUGUACAUUUUCUGUAUAAUUUUAUUUUUGUUUAUAUCCAGGCUUUACCUUUGUUAGAAUUAUUGCUUUAACAGCAGACAAAUCCGUGGCCUUUAAGACAUAUGCACUGUCUCUAAUUGCACUGUUAAUUCUUGAAAUGUUUGUUUUCUUGCUCUGUUAAAAUUUUUGUCAGCCAGAAACAAUGAAGGAUAUUUCAGUUGGGAUGAAAGUGAAAAGUGUACAUCACUGUACCACUGGGGACCAAACACUUCGUGCUCAAAUGUAGAAAUGGUUGUAUAUUAAUUGCUUAUCUGUGUUGAGAUUGUGUAGACUGAAUUACAUUUAUGCUACAAUUACAGAAGGUAUACACAGAUUUACAUUUCUUUGAUAUAUGAAUGAGUAAAUGUUUAGUUUUUCUCUGUUAUAAUAUAUGUUAGAAUUUUUAAUGAUGUACUUUCUGUUUGUUUAAUUAAGUUGUGUUAAGUGUGAUAUAUUCAUUCUACUUAAUUUUUCUUCUUGAAAAAAAAAAUCUUAAUAUUUGCUGUCUCAGCAACGGAUAAAGAUAUCAGAAAUGUUGAUCUACUGGUCACAUAUUUAUAGUUUGUUUUAUAUUUUUGGAUUUUAUGAAUGUGUCAUAAUUAAUUUAGGAAAAGUAAAAAACUAAACUCUUUAAAUGAUUGAUUCCAAGAAAGCUCGUAGAAAUUUCAAAAUAUAACUGCACUCGGGUAUAUCCUGUGCAAUAAACACAAUUGCUUAUACUGCUAUAAAUUGGCAUGCUUCAUACAUUGAUUUAUGAUCAUUUUUCACACUAGAUUAUUGAAGAAAAAAAAACAAUUUUUUAUGCAGCCUGAAUGUUUUAGAGUAGUGAAUGUGACACAGGUUUUAGCUGUUCUAUCACCUUCACUGGCAUUUACUUUAGAUGUUAUGGUUGUUGUGUUAUAAGUAUUUAUUUGCACCAAGUAAGUGGAACUUUGCACGUCUCCAAAUAUAUUGGCAGACAUAUUUUGUUAUUAGCACCACUAUUCGGAGAAUAGGGGGGCUAUUCUACUCGCCUCGGCGUCAGCGUGACCUUUCUUGGUUAAAGUUUUUCGGCAACCUUUGUUUUUCUGUCAUAUCUUUGUUACUAUUGCUUAUAUCUUACUGUAACUUCACAUAAACAUUGUCCAGUAUACAAACAAAAUAUGUACAGGGGCUGGGCCCAUUAUACCCAAGGUCAAGAUCACCAAGGUGUUAUACUUAGGUUAUUUUUAAGGUGAAAGUUUUUCGGCAACCUUUGUUUUUCUGUCAUAUCUUUGUUACUAUUGCUUAUAUCUUACUGUAAGUUCACAUAAGCAUUGUUCAGCAUACAAAGAAAGUAUGUGCAGGGGCUGGGCCCAUUAUACCCAAGGUCAAGUUCACAAAGUUGUUAUACUUGGAAUUAUUUUCAUGUUAAAUUUUUUGGAAAGCUUCGUUUAUAGACAUAUCUUUGGUAUUUUAAAAGAUAACGACUUGAAGUUAAAAAUAUUUCUUUAUAAUCAUCAUCUGCAUGUGUGGUUACAAACCCCAUAACUCUAAUUGUAUUUUUGACAGAAUUAUGCCCCUUUUGUACUUACAGUUUUUUUGCAAUCGUCGCUUUCUGGAUAUAACUUUAAUGCACUGUAAGGUAAAGACUUGAAACUUAAAAUGUAUCUUUAUCAUCAUCAUCUGCAUGUGUGGUAACAAUCCCCAUAACUCUGAUUUGUAUUUUUGACCAAAUUAUGCCCCUUUCAUACUUACCGUGUUUUCUGGACAAUAGGCUGCUGCACCGUAUUGGCCACAGCUGUAUAUUCUAUCUAUUUCAGAAAUGAAAUUUAACGUAUAGGCCGCUCCGGCAUAUUGGCCGUGGCCUAUACACCAAAAUGCCGCGAACAUGACCAUGUCGUAUAAAGAAUAUGCUAGAUAAAUAGUCAUUAAAAUCGAUUGUAUUUACAGGUAAUCAUUCUUGUUAAUCCAUCGAAUGCAGUGAACUGUUAAUGUAAUUUUUAGUGAGCUGUUUUCAAAGGCCCUUGCGGCAAAAUUGUCCAUUCUGUACUUUACGAGAACUAUUGCAAAUGGCAGUGACGGCAGUGACGAUGAUGUUCCUUUAGGUCGGCUUGUAGAAAAAGUAUCAUCCUCACUGUUAGGCGAGGAACAACUGCACUUGUUCUAUUCAGAUUCAGAGGACGAAAAUUUCAAUGGCUUUGAUGAACGUGAAUGAAAAUGCUACUGUUAUGCAUGUGCAAAUAGUGUAUGUUAAAAACGUAGCAGUGUAAUGCAUGUAUAUUAAUAAAAAAAAAAACUUUCCGAAAUAAAACAGUUGAUUAUAUGCAUAUGCUAACUCAUUAUUCUAUUUUACUCAUAUUUGUAAGGUGCAAUCAUUGCGGGCGUGUAGAUUUCAAGGUACACCCAGCAACGAUGUCCAGGAGAAAUGAAAUAGAAUUUCAACAGCUUUCAAAAUGCAAGUGAAAAAUUAAAACUGUCAUAUAGGCCGCAUGAAAGGCCCAUUUAGAAAAAAUAAAAUGAUGUAUAGGCUGCUUCGAUGCAUAGGACGCACCCCUGAAAAUUUCACUUUUUUUAACGUAUAGGCCUCGGCCAAUUGUCCGGAAAAUACGGUAAAUUUUUUAACAAACUUUGUUUUUUGGUCAUAACUUUGGUACUAUUUAAGAUAAUGACUUGAAACUCAAAUACCAUCAUCAUCUGCAUGUGUGGUAACAAUCCCAAUAUCUCUAAUAUGUGUUGUUGACAGAAUUAUGCCCCUUGAUGUAUCUUCCUUUUAAAGUAGAGGUCUCCUGUUGAGACAUAUAUUCAUUUUACUGUCAAAUCGCCGAAUAGUGGAAUGCGCUGUCUUACGGACGGCUCUUGUUUGUGUGUUUAUCCAUCUCAAAUGGUUGUCCAGACAACAUUAGAACUAGGUUGAACUCAGUUUGGCAUACUGGGAUAAUAUACCAGGUGUAAUCGUGUACACCGUAUGUCCAGAAAAUGUUUGGGCCGUCAAAUUUUUGAUAAGAGUUCUUGGUCUUAAAUUUAACUGAAAGUUUAUUGACCUUUUCCUUUUAACGUAACCAUGCUAAAUUUCUAAAAUUCAAUUCAUUUAAUUUGGGCAGUACCUUAUGGUGUAUGUUCUUGAAAGAAUAAUUAGUUGUUGAAGUUGUGGAUAAUGAUAGAUACCAAGUCAAUUUGCAUACUUUAUUGACAUAUAAGAUUUAACAAUAGUUUAGUAGCUAUAAGGACACAAAAUACAUGAAGUGUGUCUGGAACGCCUAUCCUGUUUUUGUAGUUGGGAAUUACAACUGUAUGGGGAACAUGCACUUUACUAAGCAAUGUGUAGUUGAUAGUGUUCAAAUGAUGUUUUGUAUUUGUAUCCAUAUUUGCAGAUUUCUGUAUAGUAUUGCCAAUAAAAUGACAGAAAAAAGCAUUGAUGAUAUAAGCAAGAAAUUGUUUUGGAUUUUACAUAAAAUUUUGAUUUACAUGUAUAUGAUAAUCUGACAUGUAGUGUCCAUUUUUGGACUUAAUAGCAAGUUUUCAUACUUGCUUAUCUGUAUUCUCAUUAACAUUUAUUUUUAAGACCAUAGCUUUUGAAUAGUCAAGCAUUGCUGUGCUCCAACCGCUCUUGUUGUUUAACUGCAUUGAUUUUUCAAUAUUAUACAGAGGCAGUUCAAUGUAUGUGAAGAAAAUCAGUGAUCCAGUCAAGUGUGUAUAUUGUUUUGUUGUUUAAAAGCUAUCACUACAUACCUCUUCAUAGCACAGGUUGUUCUCACUAUACGAGUAAAUUGUUGUGUUUCUGUAGUGUGUAAUAUAUCUCGACAUAUCUCAAACAGUCAAGCCGUCCAUUCUUUACACGUUUACAUUGUGAUACCACAGUUGUGCAUCUUUCAUAUUUUAGCAUGUAGUUUUAGAUACAGUUUGAAAGGUGAAUGUCAAAGAAGUCUAAGUUCUUCUUUAUUUAUAUGCUCUAAGAUUUCUUUCACAUUCACCCCUUGGUAUAUUCUAUGAAUCUUUCUCUGAAUGUAAAUUGUCACAAGAUGGUUAUAUUUGGUAUUUUAAUGAUCUGUCAACAUAAUCUUGUAUUAUAAAAAUCCUGUAUUAUAAAAAUCCUGAGUCAAUACCUGUAAGUUGUUAAUACUUGUAAAUAGAUAGAAUUGUUCCACUUGUUAAUUUGAAUUGUGUCUUUUCAAAUUAUUCAGAGCAAUUGCUUAAAAGUAUAAUCCAGAAUUUUAUGGGCAGCUGUUUGUGAAAUAAAGUAGCAGAAAUGGAAAUAUUAGGCUAAAGCUCCAAUUGCCUGCCAGCAGGGACCAAGAUAUAAUUUGUUAAGCUAAGUAAUUUGUUUAGCCAAGUGUUGACCAACACACGAAUGGUAUAUUUCUAUAUCAGAUACAAAAACCAGAAUUAUACAGAGAAUCCUCGUGUGUUCACACCGGUUCACAUCCCUAUAACUUCUUCAAGGUGCACGGUAUAUGCCUCUUGUUUUGAGGUGAGAAAAGAAAUUCUUUAAUUAAAGAUACAUAUUUAGGCAUUUAGUAUAAAAGGAACUGAGGCACAUUUGUAUAAGAUAUCUAGAUGCUCAGUAACUAAAAUUGUAGGUUUAAGGAAACUAUUGAUACAUACUUCAUUCACUGAGAGAAAAUCAAAAGUCAGCGUAUGUGUUUUUGUAAGAUAUAUAUUGUGACACUGCACAACUGUUGCAUGGUGACAUAAAGAAAACUGAAUUUUCCUUGAAUGUAUUUAAGAAAGCCAAUUUGAUAAGAUGAAAUAUUUCUUACAGUAGCGAUGGUGUGAAAACUUGAAAUCAAGCUUCCAAUGCCUUGCUGUUGUUUGUUUACAAGCUUUUGUCUGCACUGCAGUAAACUUUAUUAAGUGUAUAAAAAGAUUAAUAUGUAAGUACUGCACAGUAUUAUGGCAGUUUUAUUUUUAGCAGUUUACAGAUAAACAACCAGUGAAAUUCUUGUUUAAAAUGAAAUAUAUAUAGAGCUAGAUCAGUAGAUGCUUUUUUGUGCAGGGGAUGACAGGGAGGAAAUGGGAUCAUUUUGUAGUGAUUUUAUAUGGUUUGAAUCUUGCAUCCGUCCAAGUGUUGCUUUUAGCUCACCUGUCACAAAGUGACAAGGUGAGCUUUUGUGAUCGCGCGGUGUCCGUCGUCCGUCCGUCCGUAAACUUUUGCUUGUGACCACUCUAGAGGUCACAUUUUUCAAGGGAUCUUUAUGAAAGUUGGUCAGAAUGUUCAUCUUGAUGAUAUCUAGGUCAAGUUCGAAACUGGGUCACGUGCCAUCAAAAACUAGGUCAGUAAAAAAUAGAAAAACCUUGUGACCUCUCUAGAGGCCAUAUAUUUCACAAGAUCUUCAUGAAAAUUGGUCAGAAUGUUCACCUUGAUGAUAUCUAGGUCAAGUUCGAAACUGGGUCACGUGCCUUCAAAAACUAGGUCAGUAGGUCUAAAAAAUAGAAAAACCUUGUGACCUCUCUAGAGGCCAUAUAUUUCACAAAAUCUUCAUGAAAAUUGGUCAGAACAUUCACCUUGAUGAUAUCUAGGUCAUGUUCGAAACUGGGUCACGUGCCAUCAAAAACUAGGUCAGUAGGUCAAAUAACAGAAAAACCUUGUGACCUCUCUAAAGGCCAUAUUUUUCAUGGGAUCUGUAUGAAAGUUGGUCUGAAUGUUCAUCUUGAUGAUAUCUAGGUCAAGUUCGAAACUGGGUCACGUGCCAUCAAAAACUAGGUCAGUAGGUCUAAAAAUAGAAAAACCUUGUGACCUCUCUAGAGGCCAUAUAUUUCACAAGAUAUUCAUGAAAAUUGGUCAGAAUGUUCACCUUGAUGAUAUCUAGGUCGAGUUCGAAACUGGGUCACUUGCCUUCAAAAACUAGGUCAGUAGGUCUAAAAAUAGAAAAACCUUGUGACCUCUCUAGAGGCCAUAUAUUUCACAAAAUCUUCGUGAAAAUUGGUCAGAACAUUCACCUUGAUGAUAUCUAGUUCAGGUUUGAAACUGGGUCACGUGCCAUCAAAAACUAGGUCAGUAGGUCUAAAAAUAGAAAAACCUUGUGACCUCUCUAGAGGCCAUAUAUUUCACAAGAUCUUCAUGAAAAUUGGUCAGAACAUUCACCUUGAUGAUAUCUAGGUCAAGUUCGAAACUGGGUCACGUGCCGUCAAAAACUAGGUCAGUAGGUCAAAUAAUAGAAAAACCUUGUGACCUCUCUAAAGGCCAUAUUUUUCAUGGGAUCUGUAUGAAAGUUGGUCUGAAUGUUCAUCUUGAUGAUAUCUAGGUCAAGUUCGAAACUGGGUCACGUGCCGUCAAAAACUAUGUCAGUAGGUCUAAAAAUAGAAAAACCUUGUGACCUCUCUAAGGGCCAUAUAUUUCAUGAGAUCUUCAUGAAUAUUGGUCAGAAUGUUCACCUUGAUGAUAUCUAGGUCAGGUUCGAAAGUGGGUCACGUGCCUUCAAAAACUAGGUCAGUAGGUCAUAUAAUAGAAAAACCUUGUGAUCUCUCUAAAGGCCAUAUUUUUCACGGGAUCUGUAUGAAAGUUGGUCUGAAUGUUCAUCUUGAUGAUAUCUAGGUCAAGUUUGAAAGUGGGUCACAUGCCGCCAAAAACUAGGUCAGUAGGUCAAAUAAUAGAAAAACCUUGUGACCUCUCUAAAGGCCAUAUUUUUCAUGUGAUCUGUAUGAAAAUUGGUCUGAAUGUUCAUCUUGAUGAUAUCUAGGUCAAGUUUGAAACUUGGUCAACUGCGGUCAAAAACUAGGUCAGUAAGUCUAAAAAUAGAAAACCAUGUGACCUCUCUAGAGGCCAUACUUGUGAAUGGAUCUCCAUAAAUAUUGGUCAGAAUGUUCACCUUGAUGACAUCUAGGUCAAGUUUGAAACUGGGUCACAUGCCUUAAAAAACAAGGUCAGUAGGUCAAAUAAUAAAAAAACCUUGUGACCUCUCUAGAGGCCAUACUUUUCAUGGGAUCUGUAUGAAAGUUGGUCUGAAUGUUCAUCUUGAUGAUAUCUAGGUCAAGUUCGAAACUGAGUCAACUGCGGUCAAAAACUAGGUCAGUAGGUCUAAAAUUAUAACAAUCUUUUGACCUCUCUAGAGGCCAUAUUUUUCAAUGGAUAUUCAUGAAAUUUGGUCUGAAUGUUCACCUUGAUGAUAUCUAGGUCAGUUUCAAAACUGUGUCAUGUGCGUUCAAAAUCUAGGCCAGUAGGUAUAAAAAUAGAAAAACCUUGUGACCUCUCUAGAGGCCAUAUUUUUCAUGAGAUCUUCAUGAAAAUUAGUGAGAAUGUUCACCUUGAUGAUAUCUAGGUAUAGUUCAAAACAGGGUCACGUACCUUCGAAAACUAGGUCAAUAGGUCAAAUAAUAGAAAAACCUUGUGACCUCUCUAGAGACCAUAUUUUUCAAUGGGUCUUCAUGAAAAUUGGUCAAAAUUUUUAUCUUGAUAAUAUCUAGGUCAGGUUCAAAACUGGGUCACAUGAGCUCAAAAGCUAGGUCACUAUGUCAAAUAAUAGAAAAAACAACGUCAUACUCAAAACUGGGUCAUGUGGGAAGAGGUGAGCGAUUCAGGACCAUCAUGGUCCUCUUGUUUUGUUUGUUUAUAUUCCCAACACCAUAAUACUGUGUGAUACAUAUAGAAAUUUGAACAGUUUUGAUCUGUUUACCUGGUAUUGUACGGUCAGAGUUGUGCAUUCUCAAAAUAUAUUUAGUGUGACAAUGUAUAAUUUUAUUAUUUUACCUAUAUGUGAUACACAUGCAGUGGUACAGAAUGUAAGGUAUGUUUUAAGUUCUAGUUUGUUUUGUGUUACUAUAGCAUAUUUUUGAAAUCCCUAAGAAAUUAAAUGUUCAAAAAGAAAUACA